UGACGGCGUCGCCUAGCAACGGGAGAUGGCGCAGCCGGGCGACCAGGCUGGCGGGUCUCCACUGGAAGGCAGACUGACUUUUGAAGGAGAGGAGCGAGCUGGCGACGACAGCCAUGCAGUGUUACCACCGGGGAACGGUGACCAGACAAGUGAAGAGGUCACAGGUGCCUCGGGCCCUUCUGCAGGGGAAACUGAGGCUGAGGGUGAAGUGGGAAUGAAAGAGGAAGGAGCCAAUGUUGGGGCCGUGGCGACUGAGGGGGACCGUGAACCCACCCAGAAAGUGGAAACUGAAGAAUCUGAGGGGGAAACUGCAUCCCUUGAAGAACAAUCUAGUUCAGAUCUUUAUUCAGACAUCAGUCCUCAGGAGGUGCUGGGAGACGAUGCUGGCUCUGUGCAUCUAUACAAAACCAGCCAUGAUUUCUCCCAAGAGGCUGGGCCAUCGGAACCAGAGGUUGUCUCCAGAGAGCCGUCUGAGCCUGAGGGCCGGGCUGCUUUGGGAUCGAUAGCAGGCCCCUUGACGAGACCACAGCAGGACUCCCAGCACAAAGCCUUUCCUGUGGGCUCACAGCACAGCUUUAGGAUGAACCAAGAGAGCAGCAUGGUGCCCUCAGACGAGGAGCAGCUCUCCUUGAGCCCAGAGGAGCCCUUUGAGCAAGAACCAGAGGACGCUGACGCCCACUCUCAGGAGGGAGCGUUGCUGGACCAGGCCCCAGAGUUAAGCCCUGAAGAAGGGACUUCGGUGGAGAGAAUAGAGUCCGAGGGCAGUGACGAGGCGGAAGAUGAGGGGUCCCAGCUGGUGGUUUUGGACCCAGACCACCCCCUGAUGGUCAGGUUCCAGGCCGCCCUGAAAAGCUACCUGAUCCGCCAGAUAGACAAACUGACGCUGGAACUCCAAGAGCUGGAGGUGGCCAACAAGCAAAGCCGAGCCGGUCAUCAGGAACUGGGCCUGAAUCUCUACGGGGUGCAGCAGCACCUAGCGCGCCUGCAGAUGCAGCUGGGGAAGAGCCAGGACCGCCACUCCUUCGCUGCGGGCGAGAGGAGGCGCAAGGAGGAAGAGCUGCAGGAGGUGCGGGCGCUCUACACCAAGACCUGGGCAGCCGCCAACGAGGAGCGGAAAAAACUGGUGGCCCUGCAGACCGAGAUGGAGAGCCUGGCCCUGCACCUCUUCUACAUGCAGAACAUUGACCAGGACGUGCGUGACGACAUCUGCGUGAUGAAGCAGGUGGUGAAGAAAGCCGAGGUGGAGAGGACGCGGGCCGAGGUGGAGAAGAAAAAGCAGGACCUGUACGUGGACCAGCUCACCACGCGGGCCCACCAGCUGGAAGAGAACAUCUCUCUGUUGGAGGCUCAGUACAUCGCCCAAGCCGAGGACACCCGGCUUUUAAGGAAAGUGGUGAGCGAGGCCUCCACCGAAAUAGAUGCCAUCAACCUGGAGAAGAAGUGCAUCCUGCAGCAGUGGGCCACCAGCCUGGUGGGCAUGAAGCACCGCGACGAGGCACACAGGGCCAUCCUGGAGGCACUGAGGGAAUGUGAGCAUCGAGCUAAGUCCAUGGAUGGCGAGAUCGAAGCCUAUAAGAAGUCCAUCAUAAAGGAGGAAGAGAAGAAUGAGAAGCUGGCCAGUAUCCUGAACCGGGCCGAGACGGAAGCCAGCCUGAUGCAGAAACUGACUGCACAGUGCCUGGCCAAGCAGGAGGCCCUGCAGGACGAGUUCAACACCUACCACCUCACCCUGCAGAACACGGAGGACGCCCUGAGCAGGGGGCUCCAGGAGCACACGGUGGCCACGAACGACCUGCAGGCCAUCCGCCAGGCCAUCCGCCACGAGCAGGACCUGCGCCACAAGCUGGACGCCUCCAUCGUCAGCAAGCUGCAGGAGCACAUGACCUCCAACAAGAUGACCAAAUACUCCCACAAGCUCCUCCUGAAGCUCCAGAAGGAGAAAACCAACAUGGUGACACAUCUUUCCAAAAUCGAUGGCGACAUCGCACAGACCACCCUGGACAUCACCAACACCAGCUGCAGACUUGACAUGCAUCAGAAGACGCUGGCCGAGCUGGACCAGGAGGUGAAAAAAGUCAAAGACCUCAUCACCAACAGUGAGAACGAGAUCUCCCGGCGCACGAUCUUGAUCGAGAGGAAGCAGGGUCUCAUCAAUUUCCUCAACAAGCAGCUGGAGCAGAUGGUUUCGGAGCUGGGGGGGGAAGAAGUGGGGCCCCUGGAGCUGGAGAUCAAGAGGCUGACCAAGCUGGCGGAAGAGCACAGCGCCAGCGUGACUCAGGCCCAGGUAACCUGGCUCCGCCUGCAGCAGGAGCUGGUCAAGGUCACGCAGGAACGUGAGGAGCAGCUGGUGUCCUUGGACGCGCUCAGGAAGGAGAUCCACAUCUUGGAGCAGAAGAAGCUGCGCACGGAGAACAAGAUCGAGCAGGUGAAGAGGGAUCGGAAGGAGAUUGACCGGCACAUGAAGGACCUGGACCAGGACCUGAAGAAGCUCAACGUGCUGUUGAGCAAGAACCGUUGCAACUCGGAGGAACUGCAGCACAGCAACGUGGUGGCCGAAACAGAGUUUGUGCGUGGACUGAAGGAUGCAGAGAGGGAGACCAUUGAGAUGCAGGAGAAAUUGAACCAGCUUUCUGAGGAGAAGGCCUCCCUCCUCAACAGCCUGGUGGAGGCAGAACACCAGAUCAUGCUUUGGGAGAAAAAAAUCCAACUGGCGAAAGAGAUGCGCGCCUUGGUGGAUUCAGACACCAGCCAGACGGAAAUCCGCGCCAUGAAGGCCGAGAUCCACAGGAUGAAGGUCAAGCACGGGCAGCUGCUAAAACAGCAGGAGAAGAUGAUCCGGGACAUGGAGAUGGUGGUGGCUCGCAGACAGACCAUCAUGACCCAGGCCGAGGGGCAGAGCAAGCUGGACAAGAAGGCUCUCACCCGGACCAAAUUCCACCACACGCAGAUCGAGCUACAGCGGAAAAUCAAGGAAACCCACAAGGCCACUGAGCAGAGCAACCAGACCAUCUUAGAACUGGAAGAGACUCAAAAGCUGCUGAGCAGCUCCCUCCUGGAGAAGCAGGAGACACUGUCUGGGAUGCAGGUGGACACAGACAUGCUUGACACCAGCAUCAGGCAGCUCACAGUGCUCAAGCGACAAAACCUUUCAGAGAUCGUAACCCUACAGACGCGCCUCAAGCACCUGCAGGCCGUGGUGGACGGAAAGUACACCUUCCUGUUCCGCUCCCAGAAGUCCAUGACGCUGGAGCACAAGCGGCUGGAGGGCCGGCUGGCCCUACUGAGCACCAUCCUGGCCCACGUGCAGGAGGAGCACCCCCAGUUCCAGGAGGCCCUGCGCCCGAUCAGCCAGAAGAUCACCAGCAAGCUUGAGUCCCUGGGGCCCUCCUAGAAAACACUGGGGAUCCCUCCACUUCCAGGACCCAACCCUGAAGAAGACCCCCAGAACUGUGCUUAUCACCAGGGGUGGCAUCUGUGUGCCCUGGGAAUAACACCAUUUAUGGGACACAGACCGCCCCUAGGAAUUAUUUCUCAGCCACUCACUUUAAACCAAGUAAAAUCCAGCAUCUCUGACAGCUCUGGUGAGCUUUUUUCCCCUUUCCACCCGCAGGGGCAUCGCCUGUGAAUACAAACC